GCAUUGAGGUUACUGUUUUCCCUGAUGGUGUUCUUUUAAAUCAAAAGAAAUUUGUUUCUGAUAUGCUAAAAGAGUUUGAUUGUUUGGGGGUCACUUCUGUUUCUAGUCCUCUAGAACUCACCCCAAAGCUAAAGGCUACUGAAGGUGAGGUUUUGUCAUCUCCUGAGAAGUAUAGGAGACUUAUUGGCAAGCUACUCUUUUUAACUCACACUCGACCUGACAUAUGCUUUGGGGUUCAACAUUUGAGCCAAUUCUUGCACACUCCCAGGAUACCUCAUAUGGUUGCUGCUCUCCACUUGCUCUGCUAUCUUAAAGGCACACUUGUUUUUGGUUUAUUUUACUCUAACAAUCUUGAUUUCUCUGUGAAGGCUUAUAAUGAUAGUGAUUGGGCUGCUUGCCCCUACACUCGCAAAUCUGUCUCGGGCUAUUGUUUAUUCUUGGGCGACAGUCUUGUUUGCUAG